AUGGCGGAGAUUGUUGCUUCCGCGGUGGUCGGCGAGACGGUUACGAGGGUCUCCAGCUUCAUCAUCGACAAGCCUGACAAGAGGCCAUGCGGCAGAGACGAGAUGGAGAGGCUGGAGAUGGCGCACAUCAAGAUGGAGACCGCGCUGCAGCUGUCCGACCGGUGGCAGAUCACCGCCGCGCCGGUGCUCCUCUGGCGGAGCAAGCUGAAGCGUGCCGCCCAGGAGUGCGACGACACGCUGCGCCACCUCACGCAGCGCCAGCGCGCCGUGGUAGAUGAAGAGCUCAGGCGGCAGGCGUCCUCGCUCCCCACGCGCAUCGCCCACGCGGUCAAGUCGCUCGUGUCAUCUCUCGUCAGCCGCGGCAAGGACGUCGGCGAACCGGUCCCCGUCCGGAGGUUCGAGAGGUUCGCGGAGGGCGCCGGCGAGUUCGUCAGGUUAGUGGAGCUGGGCGGGACCCCGCGGCAGCACCUCUUCUUCGACCCGCUCAUCGGCCACCUCCUCGCGGGCAAGACGGCGCGGUACCAGGCGCUGCAGGGCGGCAGGUUCUACUACCUCGGCAUCCGGCCCACGAGCUUCGCGGAGCGCGGGGUGGAGGCCAUGGUCGGCUUCGUCCUCCAGGACUUCAGGGCGCCCGCCAAGAGCUUCAGCUCGAGGUUCAUGCUGCGCCUAUCCGAGAGCAGCGACGUGCUCGGGAUCAUAGCGAGGUGCAUGCAGGCGGUGACGCCGCACCUCAAGGCCGCCGCGGAAGGCUUCACGAGGGAGCUCGUCCAGCUUCCCACGCAGGAUUUCUCCUGGGUGGAGAGCUUGCCCUUCAGAGAGACUGAGUACUGGGUCGAUAUACACAGGACCUUGACCCAGUGCCUUCGUCCAGACCCGCUCUGCUGCAGCGGCCAUGACGGUUUCAUCGUGCCUUCCACCUGUAGCAGCAGCAAGAGCGACGGGCAAUCAUCGUUGUCACCAUCAAAGUCAAGGCUGGCGUGCACACUGUUUCCAGAGCAGGUGAUCACGGUCUACCUGCAAUGCCAUAUCUCGCCGCCGGCUCAAGCUCCGCACAAAACACAUGGAGGGAGUAGAAGAAGCUAUGUGAAAACUCCAGGUUUGAAGUUGUCGGUCGUUUUUAUUCCCCAUGACUUCCCGGAGGGCAUAGAGCCUCAGGACGAGAGCUUUGCCUUCGAGGUGAUCGACGGGGAGGAGCAGGAAACGGUCCAUCGAAAUGCGACCUUGCAAGACGUGGACGAGAAGCUGCUCCCCAAGGCAGUGGAUCACCUCCGGAGCACCGAAUCCAAGAUGUAUCAGCUGUGCCUCAGGUCCAGGCAUGGCACCGCGCAGCUCUGCGUGGAGAAGACGACGCCGGCAACGCGUGUGCCAAGCAAAGGAACCGCCGCAUCACGGUUGCAUAUCAAUGGAAGCAAAAGAGUGGUGGACCGGAAACGAGAGGAUUACAGAAUAAAGGGAUGGCAGGACGCGUCGAGAGACCUGCUCAAGCUAUGGGUCGUGCGUGCCUCUGACAAGCUGCACGGCUCACUCAGCUCCUGGACUGUCAGGUCCCCUCUGCAGAGCUAA